AUGGCGUUCUUCUUGCGACGCCCGUUCGCCGUCCCUACGGCGCUUCGGCAAAUCUCCAAACCUGCGAAUAGCGCUCGUUUCAUCCACAAUACGCCCUUCAAGCCCCAGUCCAAGCCUACCGGUCCCAUCUCCAUCUUCGCAAAGUCCCGUCAGACCUUCCAAAAUGCUUUCCGUCGCACCUACAUGCAGCCCUCCUACAAUGUUCAGGGUGGCAACAUCACCCAGAAGCUGAUCUACGGUGCCACUAUCAUCGGUGGUACUAUCCUGGCAACGAACUUCAUCUUCAACCGCGAAACCAGAGAGGAUGGUGGCAUGCCUCCGUUUGAGCGCAGCUACCUGAACGAGACGUUUAUGCACACUGGACUUGGUAUUGGUAUCAUUGGUAUCGCUGCUCGCGCUCUGCACACCAACGGAUGGUCUUACCGUUUGAUGGCUGCCAGCCCCUGGGCUGUCAUCGGUCUUGGUCUGGUUGCCAGCGUCGGAACCAUGUAUGGUACUCUGUACACCAACCCUGACAACUACGUCAUGAAGUAUGGUCUCUGGGCAGCUUUCAACGUCACCCAGGCCGCGCUCCUGUCUCCCCUGAUGUUCAUGCACCCGGCUAUCCUUGCUCGUGCUGGUCUUUACACCGCUGGAAUGAUGGGUGCGAUCGCUUUCGUCGGUGCCACUGCUAAGCAGGAGAAGUACAUGUACCUGGGUGCUCCUUUGCUCGCUGGUGUGACCAUUGUCGCUCUCUCCGGUUUCGCUCCUCUCGUCCUCCCCGCUACUGCCACCCGCGCUCUGCUGUGGUCUGAGAAGAUCUGGCUGUACGGUGGUCUCGCUGUCUUCGGUGGUUUCACCCUCUAUGACGUCCAGAAGAUUCUCCACCACGCCCGCAUGGCUCAGAGAGGCCUGGUCCGCAAGGAUGUCGUCAACGAGAGUAUCAGCCUUGAGUUGGACUUCAUCAAUAUCUUCGUCCGUAUGGUCCAGAUCCUGGGCAUGCGCAACAACAACCGGAGGUAA